UCUUCCCAGCGGCCUUUGCGGUUCCAACAUGGCGGAGCUGACGGUGGAGGUUCGCGGCUCCAACGGGGCUUUCUACAAGGGAUUUAUCAAAGAUGUUCAUGAAGACUCCCUCACAGUUGUUUUUGAGAAUAAUUGGCAGCCAGAACGCCAGGUUCCAUUUAAUGAAGUUAGAUUACCACCACCACCUGACAUAAAAAAAGAAAUCAGUGAAGGAGAUGAAGUAGAGGUAUAUUCAAGAGCAAAUGACCAAGAACCAUGUGGAUGGUGGUUGGCUAAAGUUCGAAUGAUGAAAGGAGAAUUUUAUGUCAUUGAAUAUGCUGCUUGUGAUGCCACUUACAAUGAAAUAGUCACAUUUGAACGACUUCGGCCUGUCAAUCAAAAUAAAACUGUCAAAAAAAAUACCUUCUUUAAAUGCACAGUGGAUGUUCCUGAGGAUUUGAGAGAGGCGUGUGCUAAUGAAAAUGCACAUAAAGAUUUUAAGAAAGCAGUAGGAGCAUGCAGAAUUUUUUACCAUCCGGAAACCACACAGCUAAUGAUACUGUCUGCCAGUGAAGCAACUGUGAAGAGAGUAAAUAUUUUAAGUGACAUGCAUUUGCGAAGUAUUCGUACGAAGUUGAUGCUUAUGUCCAGAAAUGAAGAGGCCACUAAGCAUUUAGAAUGUACAAAACAACUUGCGGCAGCUUUUCAUGAGGAAUUUGUUGUGAGAGAAGAUUUGAUGGGCCUGGCAAUAGGAACACAUGGUAGUAACAUACAGCAAGCUAGGAAGGUUCCUGGAGUUACAGCUAUUGAGCUGGAUGAAGAUACUGGAACAUUUAGAAUCUAUGGAGAGAGUGCUGAUGCUGUAAAAAAGGCUAGAGGUUUCUUGGAAUUUGUGGAAGAUUUUAUUCAGGUUCCUAGGAAUCUUGUUGGAAAAGUAAUUGGAAAAAAUGGCAAAGUUAUUCAAGAAAUAGUGGACAAAUCUGGUGUGGUUCGAGUGAGAAUUGAAGGAGACAAUGAAAAUAAACUACCUAGAGAAGAUGGGAUGGUUCCAUUUGUAUUUGUUGGCACUAAAGAAAGCAUCGGAAAUGUGCAAGUUCUUUUAGAGUAUCAUAUUGCUUAUCUAAAGGAAGUAGAGCAGCUAAGAAUGGAACGCCUGCAGAUUGAUGAACAGCUACGACAGAUUGGUAUGGGUUUCAGACCUUCUUCCACCAGAGGGCCUGAAAAAGAGAAAGGAUAUGCCACUGAUGAAAGUACCGUCUCUUCUGUACAAGGUUCUAGGUCUUAUAGUGGAAGAGGCAGAGGUCGUCGAGGCCCUAAUUACACCUCCGGUUAUGGUACAAACUCAGAGCUGUCUAACCCUUCUGAAACAGAAUCUGAGCGUAAAGACGAGCUGAGUGAUUGGUCAUUGGCAGGAGAAGAUGAUCGAGAUAGCCGGCAUCAGCGUGACAGCAGGAGACGCCCAGGAGGAAGAGGCAGAAGUGUUUCAGGGGGUCGAGGUCGUGGUGGACCACGUGGUGGCAAAUCCUCCAUCAGUUCUGUGCUCAAAGAUCCAGACAGCAAUCCAUACAGCUUACUUGAUAAUACAGAAUCAGAUCAGACUGCAGACACUGAUGCCAGCGAAUCUCAUCACAGUACUAACCGUCGUAGGCGGUCUCGUAGACGAAGGACUGAUGAAGAUGCUGUUCUGAUGGAUGGAAUGACUGAAUCUGAUACAGCUUCAGUUAAUGAAAAUGGGCUAGUCACAGUUGCAGAUUAUAUUUCUAGAGCUGAGUCUCAGAGCAGACAAAGAAACCUCCCAAGGGAAACUUUGGCUAAAAACAAGAAAGAAAUGGCAAAAGAUGUGAUUGAAGAGCAUGGUCCUUCAGAGAAGGCAAUAAAUGGCCCAACUAGUGCUUCUGGCGAUGAAAUUUCUAAGCUACAGCGUACUCCAGGAGAAGAAAAGAUUAAUACCUUAAAAGAAGAAAACACUCAAGAAGCAGCAGUCCUGAAUGGUGUUUCAUAAACUGAAGAAGUUCCUAGUUUACAGUUCUUUUACAUUACAUUUUACAAUAGUGCUUGUACAAGCUUGCCAAAGAUAGAAUAUGGAUCGCCAGUCUUUACAUCGCACUUUCAGUUCCUCCAUUUGGAAUUCAGAAAGGGGAGGGAUCCUGAAGAAAUCAUAUGUUAAACAUACUUUGACACCUACUGUGUUAUAAAAUAUAUCAUCAGAUGUGCCUUGAGAAUAGUAUAUGUAACAUUAAAAAAAAGUUGCUGGCUAUAGGAAAUGUUAUUUUGUUUUCAAAAUAUGGCAGAGAUGGGGGGAGGUGGGAGGGGUGGGAUCCCUAACGUAAUAUUCUUUAUGAAAGCAUUAGCUGCUUUUGUUACAUUUUUAAUAAUAUGCAACCACUUCUUCACCCGAGGAAAACUAGAAUGAAAUGCAGUCUAAAAUAUUUUGCACUGAAUUGUAAUUUCUUCAUUAGUUUAGUCUGGAAACUGGUCUGUUUUAAUGUGUUUUUUAAAUGCUGUAUGUAGAGGAAAAUCUGCAGACCACUGGAAUACAUUUGUUAAACUCUCAUCUGCAGGGACACUGGGUGAUUUUGGCAGUGACUGUUCUACAUUGAGGCUUUGUUUGGUUUAUUUAUUAAAGUGUACAGUAUUUAAAAAUCAAACAUAGCUUUAGUUAAAACACUAAGCUGAAUUAGACAUGUCCAUUCAGACAUAACCUGAACUACUGAAAAGAUCAAUUUCCAGAAGGUUUAUUCUGUAUAAACUACAUGUUAGUCUUCAGUAGAGUAUCUUUUCCUUUUCUUUUUUUCUUUUUUUUUUUCUUUUUUUGAUUUUGGUUGUUUGAUGUGCAAUAUGUUUUUGUAUGCAGGUAGUAAAUAAACUUUGAUCUUCCA